AUGUGCUCUUCCCCAUACCAGUUCCGUGACUUCGUCGCGCUGUUGAAGCCCGAUGCGGCGCGACAUCUCGGCACACGUUGGCGCUUGGCACGUGACCUGCUCGCCUCUGGCGAGGCCGCAACGGCUCAGCUUAAACAGAUGGUGACAGGCGACGGACUGGCGGGGAGGGUGACACUCACCACUGACAUUUGGACCAGCGAGAACAAGAUCGCGUUCAUGGUGGUAACAGCUCACCGUCUCACCGCGGACUUCAAGCUCCAGCAGAUGGUUAUCGACUUCAGGCCGUUGGAGGGCUCCCACACGGGGGAAAAGAUUGCGACCGAGUUGGAGGCGGUCAUUCGGGAGUGGGGGUUGGGUGACUUGUUCUUCGGCGUUACCACCGACAACGCGGAGAACAACAACCGGGCGGUGCGCUUGCUGGCCGGUGUCAAGGACAACAUACCGGGGUCACGACCGCGUGACCCCCCCCUGCUGUCCCUGUCUCGGCACUUCAGGUGCGUGGCCCAUAUUUUGAACCUGGCCGUGCAGCUUGCCCUGGCGGUUGACACAGUUGCUGAACCGCUCAAGAGGUUGCGAGCUGUGGCCCACCACAUUGGGUGGUCAGUUCAGCGAUCGGAGCGGUUCUUUGACAUCCAGAAACGGUAUGUGGCGACCCUGGCGGGGAGGGCGAUGGGGGACGGAACAGCAGAGGGAGGGGGGCAGGCGGCGACGGAAGUGGGAGGCACGCGGCGCAAGGUACCAGUUGACUUGCGCCUGAUAGUCGACUCGGACACGCGCUGGGGUUCCACGCUGGAGAUGGUGAUCAGGGGGUUGGCGCUGUGCAUUCCUCUCACGAUGUUCUUCGAUGAGACUACUCCCGGCAUCUCCAAAGAGACACGCGAACAAUGGGCGAAGAUCAGGCUGUCCGAUGCGCACUGGGCAUCUCUCAGGGAGCUGCGUGAUUUUCUCGAGCCCUUUGAUGCUAUCACCCUGUUCGUGGAAGGGUCAUUGUACCCCACCAUGGCAGGUGUUGUUCCCCAGUACAACAUGCUGCUAGAUAUCCUGGACAAGGCUUUGACGCUACCUGGGCUCACGCCGCUGCAGGAGGAGCUGACCACAGCGGCAGUAAGCAAGUUGGAGCGCCACAUGGGGGGGGUGAGCGAGGAGGCAGCGAUUGCCACCUUCCUCGAUCCGCACCUCAAGACCGCGCCUUUCAGGCUCAGGCAGCGAUCGGCGCGGGCGCCCAUUGUGGUGGAGGCGGGGGGGCAUGCCAGGGGGGCCCGGACACUCGACCUGAGUGAGGAGAGGGUGAAGGCGCUGGUACGACAGCGCCUUCCGCCGUACCAGGCAGCGGCCCGUGCAGCUGCAGCGGCACGCCUUGGGGGUGAGGUCACUAGCGCGAGGGGAGGGGCGGGACAGGGCGAGGCUGCAGUGCCUGCGGCUACAGGGCGUAGGGGGGCUAGGUCACGUGGCGUGCUCGACUUUCAGGCUAUGCUGCAACAAAGUCUGGCAGAUAUGGAGGCAGAGGAGGGGGUGCAGACACUGGACGAGAUUGACCAGUACUUGGCAGAGUCAGAGCAGGAACAUCGUCUGGUGGCAGAGGCACCGUCUGAGCCCACAGCAGAUGCGAGCGGCCAUGAUGAUCAAGACAUGGGCGGAUCACCAUGA